AUGGAUUCCGUGAACUUGUCGACUGGCUGGUCCUUUAGGGACCGGGAUACUGAUGAAUGGCUAUCUGUACCUAAUGUUCCAUCUGUGGUGCAACAGGACCUGAUUGCUAACAAAAAGCUUGAUGAUCCGUACAUUGGAUUCAAGGAAUUGGAUGCUCGCUGGGUCAAUGAGAAGUCAUGGGUCUAUCGCAAUGUGUUCUCAAAGCCAGUUGCCCCGACAGGAUCCGCAAUUGUGCUCGUAUUUGAUGGACUAGACACAUUUGCCAAGGUCAAACUGGAUGGCGAACUCAUUCUCGAAAGUGAUAACAUGUUCCUCGGUCACCGAGUUGAUGUCACCAAGGCAUUGGAAGCAGACGGCGAACAUACGCUUGAAAUUGAGUUCGACUGUGCUCUUCUCAAAGCCCGCGAGUUGCGAGCACAAGACACCAAGCACAGAUGGGUUGGUUUCAACGGAGAUCCAGCACGUAUGGCUGUGCGAAAAGCCCAAUACCACUGGGGCUGGGACUGGGGUCCAGUACUAAUGACGGCGGGCAUCUGGCGCGCAGUCCGCUUCGAGGUAUACAAUGCCCGGGUGGCUAGUCUGUGGCCCCAGGUCAAGUUGACCGCGGACCGUCAGACAGCAGAGAUUACUGCUGUUGUCGAUGUGGAGAGCAUCGGGGAUGGCGAGUAUACAGCCCAAUUUAAAUUGGGGCUGCAUGGCAAGGAAAUCGCAAGCCAGGACGUUGCCGUAUCGGAGAACACGGCCCAAUUCACUUUCAAAGUCAAUCAGCCUGCUUUGUGGUGGCCUCAUGGGUAUGGCGAGCAGACUCUGUAUGAUUUAUCGGUGGUGCUACUUCGCAAUGGUGAAAAGGUCGACUCUUCAAACAAGAAGUUUGGUAUCCGAACUGCUGAGGUUGUCCAGCAACCUGACAAACAUGGAAAGUCAUUUUUCUUCCGCAUCAACGGAAUGGACAUCUUCUGUGGUGGUUCGUGCUGGAUUCCGGCCGACAGUCUUUUGCCAGCCGUCAGUGCGGAGCGAUACCGCAAUUGGAUAGAGUUGAUGGUGGCUGGAAGACAAGUGAUGAUUCGUGUUUGGGGUGGUGGCAUUUACGAAGACGACGCCUUCUACGAAGCAUGCGACGAGCUAGGCGUGAUGGUCUGGCAGGACUUCAUGUUUGGCUGCGGAAAUUAUCCAACAUGGCCUGAGAUGUUGGAAUCGGUCCGUCAAGAGACCAUCUAUAACGUCAAGCGCAUGCGCCACCAUCCAUCUAUUGUACUCUAUGCUGGUAACAAUGAAGACUACCAGGUGCAAGAGUCAGAGGGCUUGACCUACAACUACGAAGACAAGGACCCCGAGAGCUGGUUGAAGACCGACUUCCCGGCACGAUACAUUUAUGAAAAGCUCCUCCCAGAGGUGGUGGCUGAACACUCCCCUAGCACAUUCUAUCAUCCUGGAAGUCCAUGGGGUGAUGGCAAGAUAUCGUCAGAUAAGACAGUCGGUGAUAUGCAUCAAUGGAACGUGUGGCACGGUACGCAAGAAAAAUAUCAAAUCUUCGAUACCCUCGGUGGUCGAUUCAACAGCGAGUUUGGAAUGGAGGCAUUCCCACAUGUGUCCACAAUCGAUUACUUUGUCGAGAAAGAGGAAGACAAAUUCCCUCAGUCUCAUGUCAUUGAUUUCCACAAUAAGGCUGAUGGGCAUGAACGAAGACUGGCGACGUAUCUGGUAGAAAAUCUGCGAACUGCCACAGACCUCGAGACCUACAUCUACCUGACCCAAGUCGUACAAGCCGAGACAAUGAUGUUUGGCUACCGAGGCUGGCGCCGGCAAUGGGGCGAUGAGCGCCACUGUGGUGGUGCCCUCCUCUGGCAACUGAAUGACUGCUGGCCAACCAUCUCUUGGGCAAUUGUGGACUACUUCCUCAAACCAAAGCCAGCCUAUUAUGCCGUAAAGCGAGUGUUGAACCCAAUCGCCGUUGGUGUCCGCCGAGAACACCACGACUGGAGCGUCGCACACGCCCAACCACCCAAGGCAAGCAAAUAUGAGCUCUGGAUUGCCAGCAACAGCCCCGAGACAGUCCGUGGCAGCGUUGAGCUACGCUUCCUGUCUGUCAACACAGGUCGCGAUAUUCGAGCACCGAUUGUACACCAAGAUAUCACCAUCACGGCCAAUGGAACGACGGAUAUCAUCACCGACGGUAUAAUUGACCACAUUGCUGAGCCAGAGCCACAUGUCCUCGCAGCCCGAUUGUGGGUCAACAACAAGAUCGUGGCACGAGAUGUGGACUGGCCACAACCCUUUAAAUAUCUCAACUUGACUGGACGACAGCUGGACAUUCAGAAACAAGAAGGUGAAGCUGGUAAGACAGUGCUGGUUAUCAAUGCCCGCAAGCCAGUCAAAUGUCUUGUGUUUGAGGAGCAGGAAGGUGUUCUCCUUGAGGACAAUGCAAUUGACAUUGUUCCUGGGGAUGAGCAAACUAUCAUUGUGACUGGUCUUGGUAAGACCCCCAUUAGGUAUCGGUAUUUGGGGCAGGAAUCCUGUGAGGUUGUGGGAUAA